AUGUUAAAACAUAACCUUAUUGGAUACAUAUAUACAUGUAAUAUCAUUUUUGAAGAAGUUGCUAAACAUAAUACUCGUGAUGAUUGUUGGUUAAUCAUCCACGGAAAAGUUUAUGAUUGUAGUAAAUUCCAUUCACUUCACCCAGGUGAAGGUAUUAAUGAUCAAUAUAUCGCAGAUCAUGCAGGUAAAGAUUGUACAGAUUUAUUUGAAAAAUUCCAUAAUAAUGACGAACCAUUUGAAAUGUUAGAAAAUGCACAAGAUGGCAAACAAGAAGGUAUAAUUUAUAUUGGCGAAUUAGAAGAAUAA